GUUUCCCGGAAUGUCGGUGGUGCGUGCUCGGUCUGAUAGGAAAGUUUACCAUGCUGGAAUCAAAAAGAACGUAAUUCCUGCAGAAAUAUCGGAAAAUCCAGAAUUAUUGGAAGCUAUCAAAGUGCUACCCAGCAAUUAUAAUUUUGAGAUACCCAAGACAAUCUGGCGUAUUAUUCAAAGUAAGUCGAAAUGUGUGGCUCUUCAGAUGCCAGAAGGCUUGCUGAUGUUUGCUUUGGCCGUCGCAGAUAUCGUCGAAAAGUUUUCGAAAGCGGAGGUAGUGAUACUUGGUGAUGUCACAUACGGUGCCUGUUGCGUCGAUGAUUUCACGGCUCGAGCCUUGGGAGCUGAUUUUUUGGUUCAUUAUGGCCACAGUUGUUUAGUUCCAGUCAAUGUUACUACCGAUAUCAAAGUUUUGUACGUGUUCGUCGACAUUAAAAUCGAUGCCGAACAUUUCUUAAAAACUAUGAAACACAAUUUUUCUCAAGAAACCUCAUUGGCUUUAUUGAGUACCAUCCAGUUUGUUUCGUCUCUUCAAGCCGUGGCUGCAGAAUUAAAGGAAAAUUAUAAAGUAACAAUUCCUCAACGAAAACCUCUUUCUCCUGGAGAAGUUCUGGGUUGCACGGCACCUGUUUUGAAGGAUGUCGAAGUAGUGGUAUUUGUUGGCGAUGGAAGAUUCCAUUUGGAGGCCGUGAUGAUUGCCAAUCCUUCCGUUAAAGCUUAUCGGUAUAAUCCAUAUGACAAAAGUUUCACUCAUGAAAAAUAUGAUAUUGAAAGGAUGACUUCAUUUCGAGAGAAAUGUAUUGAA